GUCGAACCUGUUGGAGAUGUUUUAGCUUGUUAGCUGCUAACAAAGAGCCGCGUUUGUGAUCAAAAAUACCGCUGAGUAGAAAUCAAAGUGUUGUGAUUAUCUUGUGACCAUGUGUGCAAAAAGUUUGGAAAACAAAUUCGACGAUGAAUUCUGUCGACCUAAAGAGCAAAAGGAACGACAACGUCAACGAUUGGACGCUGGUUUCAAGCAGCCUUGCGUUGUUUUACACAGAGCAGACAUCAAUGAGGAAUAUGUUGAUCCUGAGCAGCAGGAUCUAGAGAACUUUCACGCUGAAGAGGACAAGGAACCAGGAACCCACCACAUUAAACAUGAAGAGCAGGAGGCUGAUAUCACCAAGUUGCCAUUGACUGUUGUCAUUGUGAAGAGUGAAGACGAUGAAGCGCACAGUCGGAAGUCACGGCUUCGUCCCCGUCAAAGUAAGAAGAAAAGAAAGGCGGAGCCUCCAAGCUGCAGCCCAAGUCAACUUACGACGACAGAAGGCGGUAGAGACCAUUGUGGAGGAUCACAAGAGGGCACCCCCUUAGCGCCACUAUCAGAUUGUGAUGACUUGACAUCGGGCUCUCCUGACUCUGACGAUGAUGAACGCUCGAAAGAUGACAAGACAUGUCACACUCACGAGAAACGCUGGAAAUGUUCUCAGUGCGGGAAAGCGUUUGAUGCAAAGUAUAAUUUGAAAGUACACAUGAGGACACACACGGGUGAAAAACCGUUUGCCUGCUCAAUUUGUGGUAAAAGCUUCUCUGUAAAGGGAUAUUUAAGAACACACACGAGAACACACACCGGAGAGAAACCUUAUGCCUGCUCAGCUUGUGGGAAAAGUUUCCCCAGACUGGGACAGUUAAAAACACACACAAGAACCCACACUGGGGAGAAACCGUUUGCCUGCUCAGUUUGUGGUAAAAGCUUCUACAUAAAUGGAAGUUUAAUCAGGCACACCAGAAUACACACCGGUGAGAAACCGUUUGCCUGCUCAGUUUGCGGUAAAAGAUUCUUACUUAAGACACAUUUAAGAACACACACAAAAACCCACACAGAGGAAAAGCCUUUUGUGUGUUCAGUUUGUGGUAAAAGAUUCUCCAGAAACGGAAAUUUAAGAACACACACAAGAACUCACACUGGGGAAAAGACCUUUGCCUGCUCAAUUUGUGGCAAAAAAUUCGCUGAGAAGGGAUGUUUGACGAGACACACAAGAACACACACUGGAGAGAAACCCUUUCCUUGCUCGGUUUGUGGUAAAAGAUUCUCUGUAAAGGGACGUUUAAGUCGGCAUACGAGAACGCACACUGGAGAGAAGCCCUUUUCCUGCUUAAUUUGCGGCAAGAGGUUCAUCCAGAAGGUACAACUAGGAAUACACAUAAGAACACACACAGGGGAGUAACCGGUUACCAAACAUUAAAAAAGAAGAGGAGACCCAAAACAAUGUUCAAGAAGAGGAAGAGGCGAGAUGACCAAGUGGCCAUGGACUAGUGUCAUGAUGAAGAGUGAAGAUGACUCGAAAGCUGAUAUGACACACUGACAAGAAACACGGGGAAUGUUCUCAGUGGGACAACAAUUUCGUUGCCAAGACAGAUCAGAGUAGACUCAAAACACUUGAGAGAACUGUUGUCACUGUUUUUGUUUUAUUUCUUAGUAGUUUUAUUUGAUUAGUGUGUGGGGGGUGGGGGGUUUCUUAUGCUAAUGUGUAAUAACUGUUCAAUAUUAUGAUUCUGUAUUUUAUGCGUGAAUUACCCCCCACCCCCUGCAUUGAGCCACUUGCGUCUCGCGCAAGGCAAAUCUUGUCUUUGAAAUACCUCAAAUCAAGUGUAUUUCUCGAGCACUUUAAAACAACC